AUGGCGCCAAUGAACGAAAGUAAUAAUUGUAGUAGUAACUACGGCGAGGUCGUUCUCCAGCAGGUCAACGUCCUUGCCUCGUGCUACAUUGUCGAUUCCACUGUCAGCCUCAAGGGCCUCCACUACUGCACUACCGGGGGGCCGAGUGGUAUUCCUGAGGUCCCUUCCUCAGGUCUACCCUCCCCACCAACAAGCCCCCCCCUCGCCGCACUAACCUCGUCGAACGAGCUCGCCUUUCUGCCCAAGAGCAAGAAGCGCGAGAUCCCAGGCCGGCGCCUGGGCCGACGAGGGGGGGCAGCACUCUCGAUCAGGGAAGAAUGUGAGAGAUUCUUCUGCGAGUCCAUGAAGACGGUGUUCCACGGUGAGAGGAACCCGUCGAUGAAUGGCUCCGGCCUGUCUAGUGCUUAUUUGCAAACGCCGCCACCCGAUAACCGGCUUCCCGACCAUUUCCAGCAGCAUUUCAACGACGAAAAGCUACCUGGCUUCGAAGUUGAAGCUUGGCUGGAAGUGUGGGACUAUGCCGGCGGGGCGAGUUUCCGCGCCUUUGUCGCGAAUGAUGGAGAGGAGAAGUCUCUUUUCGUCUUUUUCGACUUCCAAGGCGUGAUGGGCCGAGACCUGAAAAAGGCUCUCAUGGCCCUCAUCGAACUUGCCGACGGUCCUCUGGAUUGCUCACACGUUGUUACGUGUAUCGAUAGACGCAUCCCAAAGGAUGAGGUGCAGUCUUUGUCUAAGAGCCUUCAGUGGGUCGGUUUCGAUAUGGUCACUCUGGACCACUGGGCUCAUGACCUCGAUGUCACGAGCAAGCGAUGGAUGUUUAUGGGUAUGGAGAUGUAGGUUCCAUGAUUCAUUGGAGUUAAGGGAGAAGAUGUUUUCUCUGGUCUCCCUGGUUUCUUUGGUCCCUUUUGUCCUUCCGUUCACUUGCUUUCUCGCUUCGUUUCGGAUCCUUCACGCAUGUGAUUUGAUCGUAUUUGAUCUCCAUUUUCAUCUUGGACACCUUCUGGUAUCAUUCAGGCGUCGAGUUACAAAAGCCCCAGGAAAUCCCACGCAUAUCUUCAUGACAUUUGAGACAUCAAUGCGUUUGGGGGACUGUGUGUUACUUGUUUUUUUUGUUGUUUCUUUCCGGGUCGCAUAUCAACCGCACGCUUGCUAGUUAGGACAAUCCCAAGCAAUUCAAUCUGGCCAUGAUAGUC